AUGCCCACCAAACCUGAAUUAAACACCCUCCCCGCCGAGCUGCGCUCCGAGAUUUGGAGCCUUGCGCUCCUCCCUUCCCCGGGCGUCUAUCGGUGCGACCCGUAUAGGUUUAUUUACACCGGCGCGGGUUACCGGCACGCGCUAGAAACCGAUGUCGAGGAUGCGCGUUGGCUGAUCCAGAAGCGCCGUUACCCAACCGUUAUGCAUUUGUGCCGCGAAUCGCGAUUUGUAGCCCUGAGCGCCAUGGAGAGAGAGGUGAGGGAGAAGUCGUUUUUUUACUACAUCGGGCAAGAUACGCGCAUUUUCAUCCCCGAGAUCGACAUUCUUUGGUUCGACGACGAGGACCAUGGUGGUUCGGUUUUGCAACACCCUGCCGUGAUCCUAAAUCGCGGCGUUAUCGGCGGUCGGGUCCACGCCAUCCGAAACCUCGCCGUGUCGGUGGCGAUUGUCAGUUCGCGCCGGCAGGGCGGUUUCAGCUCGAGCUGGGACUCGUACAUAACCCAAUGCUUCGAGCGUUUCGAGAGCUUGCAGCGCGUCGACGUUGUGUUUGGGCCCGUGCCGAUGGAGACGCGAUGCGAUGGUUAUAAAACCGAUAAGGAUUAUUGGGCGGCGGCCGUUCCGGAAACGUUCCGUCAUCAAGUAAUCCUCACGGGGGAAUACGACGUGCCAGAGUUGAAACUGUUGCGAGAGAUUCAAGGGUCGAGUUUUGAAAUUAUUAGGCCAUUGACAGACCAAAACCAAAACCAAGACCCAAAAGUUAUUAAAGAAAAAUUGGACAAGGUACGCGCCGACAUAUACGGAGGUUCUGAGAUGAGCGCCCAAAAGCAAAAAGAUGCAACAACAGCGGCGCCGGGACAAGGACAACAGCAACCAGUCGCCGAGGUUGUCCACCAGGGGAAAGAUCUAUCUAAAAUCACGUUCCAUGCCACACUCAUGGUAGAGACGGCAAGGUUCCGGGGCCGGACGAUUCGCAAAUCCUUUCCUUCAUGGUAUUUUUCCAAAAAUGAUGAUAGCGAUGAUUUCGAGUCACUAUAG